AUGGCAGAAGCUAAGACCCACCAGCUUGGAGCAGCCCUGUCUCUCAUCCCUUUGAUUUUCCUCAUCUCCUGUGCCAAAGCAGCUUCAUUUCAGCGUAACCAGCUGCUUCAGAAGGAACCAGACCUCAGAUUGGAAAAUGCCCAAAGGUUCCCUAGUCCUGAAAUGAUCAGGGCUUUGGAGUACAUCGAAAAGCUCCGGCAACAAGCUCACAAAGAGGAAAGUAGCCCAGAUUAUAAUCCCUACCAAGGUGUCUCUGUUCCCUUUCAGCAAAAAGAUAACGGUGAUGAAAGUCACUUGCCAGAAAGUUCAAGGGAUUCCCUGAGUAAAGAUGAGUGGAUGAGGAUAAUUCUCGAAGCACUGAGACAGGCUGAAAGUGAGCCUCAGUCUGCACCAAAAGAAAACAAGCCCUAUUCAUUGAAUUCAGAAAAGAACUUUCCAAUGGACAUGACUGAUGAUUAUGAGGCUCUACAGUGGCCAGAGAGAAAGCUGAAACACAUGCGCUUCCCCCCUAUGUAUGAAGAGAAUUCUAGGGACAAUCCCUUUAAACGCACGAAUGAAAUAGUGGAGGAACAAUAUACUCCUCAAAGUCUUGCUACCCUGGAAUCUGUCUUUCAAGAACUGGGGAAACUGACAGGCCCGAACAACCAGAAGCGUGAAAGGGUUGAUGAGGAGCAAAAGCUUUAUACAGAUGAUGAAGAUGAUAUCUACAAGGCCAAUAACAUUGCCUACGAGGAUGUGGUAGGAGGAGAAGACUGGAACCCAGUGGAGGAGAAAAUAGAGAGUCAAACCCAGGAAGAAGUGAGAGACAGCAAAGAGAACGUAGAAAAAAAUGAACAAAUCCAUGAUGACAUGAAGCGUUCGGGGCAGCCGGGCCUCCAGGAUGAAGAUCUCCGGAAAGAGAGUAAAGGCCAACUUUCAGAUGAUGUCUCCAAAAUAAUUGACUACUUGAAAAAGUUAGUGAAUGCUGCCGGAAGUGGGAGGUCACCGAACGGGCAAACUGGAGAAAGGGCAGUCAGGCUUUUGGAGAAACCUCUCGAUUCCCAGUCUAUCUAUUGGCUGAUUGAAAUUUCCAGGAAUUUACAGAUACCCCCUGAAGACUUAGUUGAGAUGCUCAAAACCGGGGAGAAGCCAAGUGAAUCAGUGGAACCCGAGCAGGAGUUCGAACUUCCAGCUGGCCUAGAUGACGUCUCUGAGGCUGACUUAGACCGCCCAGACCUGUCCCAAAAUAAGAUGCUCUCCAAGAGUGCUUACCCCAGAACACCUGGCCAUGCUGUGACAGAAGCCCUUCCAGAGGGACUCACCGUGGAGGACAUUUUAAGUCUUCUAGGCACGGAAAGUAUAGCAAAUCUGAAACCUCCAUAUUUUCCCAAUCAAUAUACCCGAGAGAAGGUUCUGCCAAGGCUUCCUUUUAGUCCUGAAAGGGCUAAAGCAAAUCAGCUUCCCAAAGCUGACUGGCUGCCAGAUGUUGACGACAGACAAAUGGCAUAUGAAAACCUGAAUGACAAGGAUCAAGAAUUAGGAGAGUACUUGGCCAGGAUGCUAGUUAAGUACCCUGAAAUCAUUAACUCAAACCAGAUGAAGCGAGUCCCAAGUCAAGGCUCAUCGGAAGAUGACCUCCAGGAAGAGGAGCAAAUUGAGCAGGCUAUCAAAGAGCAUUUGAAUCAAGGAGGCUCUCAGGAGACUGACAAAGUGGCCUCGGUAAGCAAAAGGCUCCCUGUGGGGGUCCCGAAGAAUGACGACACCCCAAACAGGCAGUACUUGGAUGAAGAUCUGUUAAUGAAAGUGCUGGAAUAUCUCAACCAAGAAAAAGCAGAAAAGGGAAAGGAGCACAUUGCUAAGAGAGCAAUGGAAAAUAUGUAAGCAGCUGUUAUUAAUUGCCCGACUUUCACUCCUCCCAUUCCAAGCAAACCCCAACAUCUCUCUUUAGUGUGUUGACUUCUAUCCUGUUUACAUCGUAAUAUCUUUAAAUGAUGUACAGG